GAGUGCGAUCAUGAAUUAUGGAAAUGUUGAGGAGUUCUCGAACCGUCUUGCGGAGUUCACAUUGGAAGGGAAAUGGCAUGCGGUUGAGGAGAUGUACAAUGAAUUCCCAGAGUGUCACACGGCAAUGAUUGACGAUUUCGUCGGCACUGCACUGCACGUGGCCGUGGAUUUGGACGAAGAAGAAGUGGUUGAGAAGCUUGUGAAUGCCAUUAUCAGACACGAGACUAUGGAGGCUCUGGAAAUGAGGAACGAUCGAGGGGAUAGCGCUCUGCAUGUUGCUGCUUCCAGGGGUUUCACAAAGAUAUGUGAGUUGAUCAUAGGAACUGACAAAGAGAGGAUUUACUUAUUGAGUCGAAGAAACAAACAUGGAGAGACACCUCUCUUUGGAGCUGUUGCCAACGGCAGGACACAGGUCUUUGCCUAUCUCUCUUACAUUUUAAACCACGGCGCUACUUUGCAAGAUCUUGUUCGAAACAACGGUGACACUAUCCUUCAUUGUGCUAUCAGGAAUGAAUAUUUCGAUUUGGCAAUCAUAAUAUUGCAUUAUUAUGAUUUCCUUGGUGCAGUUAUGAAUAAAGAUGGAGAGGUUCCCCUCAAAGUCCUUGCCACUAAGCCUUCCGCCUUCUACAGUUCAACCUAUCUUUCAUUGUUGAAGCGAAUCCAGUACCUGCGUGUACACGUAGAACUAUUUGAUGAUGUUGAGAGGGAAAUGGUGGAGAUUUUAAAAAGAGAGAUGAAACCUCAGAAGAUUCUGCAUGAAAGUUGUCCACAGAACUACGCCGUGUUGACUUCAGCCUUUACUAGUUUAUACGGUUUCUUCAGUUUAUCCGGAAAACUGCUUUCGGAACCUGACCCAGAAAACAACCGGUUAAACUUAAAACCGGAAGGGCGUUUCCCCCCAAACUAUAAAACUAUUUUUCAGUUUGUCCAAUAUGUAUUUGCACUUAUUUGGGCAGCUAUUGGAGGAGUAAAUGAACUAAAAGAGACAAAAAAGAAGCACCAAUUGAGUCCAAGACUCUUGAAGCAACUAUUGAAAAGACCUUAUGAAGCAAUGACGGGAAGAGGGAGUGUACCCUAUAAUAUAGCAAUUGAUGCAGAUAUGUAUAAUGUGUAUAAUUUUUAUAAAGAGAACAACUUGGUAGCGGGAGAAACCAGUCAAUCGAGGUGGUUGGAAGAAGAGGAUGAAGAGGAAGAGAAGGAAGAAGAGAAUGAAAAGGAAGAGAAGGAAGAAGAGGAUGAAGAGGAUGAAGAGGAAGAGAAGGAUUGCAAAGAAGAUAAAAUGCAAAAGAAAGGUGUAAACAAAUCAAAGCCUAAGAUGAUUGAUGAAAAGGAAACACCUUUUUUAGAAGCAGCAAGAAAUGGCAUAGUUGAAAUGGUGAAUGAAAUGCUUCGUCGACGUCCAANUAUCCUGCAUGAAACUAACUCGCAGGGAGAGAAUGUAUUACUGGUUGCUGCGAAGAAUAGGAUGCAAAAGAAAGGUGUAAACAAAUCAAAGCCUAAGAUGAUUGAUGAAAAGGAAACACCUUUUUUAGAAGCAGCAAGAAAUGGCAUAGUUGAAAUGGUGAAUGAAAUGCUUCGUCGACGUCCAAGUAUCCUGCAUGAAACUAACUCGCAGGGAGAGAAUGUAUUACUGGUUGCUGCGAAGAAUAGGAAACCCAUUGUAAUUGAAAGUCUGAAAGAGAAUUUGAAGUUAGAAGUUUGGAGAACUUUAUGUACGGCAAUAAAUAAGGAUGGGAAGACCAUGUUACACAUGGCAGGAGAGGAUCCAGCAGAUGAUACGAAUUCCCAAGUUUCUUAUUCUGCCUUAGAGAUGGUGUGGGACGCAAAAUGGUUUCAGUAUGUUUCAAGCCUCGUACCACCACACUAUUACUUUUUGCGUGAUAAAGACCAGCAAACCCCGCGGGAAAUCUUCAAGAAGACACAUGAUAAUCUUAGGAAGGAGAGUGGGGAGUGGCUGAAGGAGACAUCUGAAUCUUGCUCCGUAGUGACUGCGCUUGUUGCUGGUGCUUCCUUUGCAACUGCCACCACUGUUCCUGGUGGCAUAGAUGACAAUGGUAUGCCUCAUUUUGAAGGAAACCCUGCAUUCGAUGCAUUUCUUUUUUCUUCGCUAUUUGGACUUUGCUUCUCAGUCUCCGGACUCAUAAUGUUCCUUACCGUCCUCACUUCUCGAAAGCUACCCAGAGAAUACCGCAAAUCAUUGCCUCUCAAACUUGUUUUCGGCUUAAGUUUUCUUUUCUUAUCCAUUAUUUCAUUGCUUGCUUCUUUCUGUAUUGGCCAUUCUUUUCUGUUCAAUCACAAAUACAGGAAGGUCAUAGUGCCCAUUUAUAUUGCUACUUGUUUUCCUGUUACUUUCUUUGCCCUGGAUCAGGUGCAACUCUACGUUGACCUUCUGGCAGCCAUUUUUUCUACGGUGCCAAAUGCAACUGAUCACAGACAAAAUUUAUAGGAGAACAUUCUACCAUAUCAGUGUGGUGUUGGAUUCAUGUCUUUUCGCUUUUCAUCAUGCAACUUUCAUCUUUAAGCAUAGAGUGUGGUGUGUCUGCAUUGUGCAGUAAACAUAUAUUAUUAUUAUCAGCUGCGAAAUACAGCUUUUCAAUUGUUGCCACUUUGUGUUGGAUGGUAUGUUAUGUUUGCGAUUAAAGAGACAAAUUUAUAGACAUUCUCGGUGUACUGCCUCAA